CUGCGCCCCGAAUACAUAUGCGAAUGCGAAUGCGACACUGCAGUAAUCACACAACCACCAUCGUUACCUCUCUGUAGUUUGGGCCGGAAGAGGGCAGCGCUGGGUGCAGCAGCGACGGCAUGGUCGAUCUCCUUCCCCCCAGCGGCCCGCCGAUGGGCGGCACGGUGGCCACCUUUCGAGUCGCAAGCGCAAACGGAGCGCCCGCUGCACCGAAAAGCAGGAUGGGAGGCACGCCGCUUACUCCAGCGAGCGGUACGCCAUCUGUCGGCAUAAAUGGGAUACCUCUCAGCGCGCGCAAAGCGCAGGCACUGGAUCUUGCGACAGUGGAGCGCAGAGGGCAAGGCAUGCCCAACAAUCCGCCACCGAAGCCGAAUCGCAUGUUCGGCCUGCAGGAAGCACCCACCUUCAGACCGACCACGGAAGAGUUCAAGGACCCGUUGGCAUACAUUGCUUCGAUCCGUGAGGAGGCACAGCAGUUUGGCAUCGCCAAAAUCGUCCCGCCAGCCUCUUGGAACCCGCCAUUCGCCAUCGACACGGAGCGCUUCCACUUUCGUACCCGCCGACAAGAAUUGAACUCCGUGGAGGGCGGCACGCGCGCAAACUUGAAUUAUCUGGACCAGCUGGCCAAGUUUCACAAGCAGCAUGGCAAUAGUCUUACCCGUUUCCCUAGUGUAGACAAGAGGCCGUUGGAUCUCUACAAGCUUAAGAAAGCCGUCGAAACGAGAGGCGGCUUCGAACGUGUUUGCAAGCAGAAGAAGUGGGCAGAGAUUGGACGAGACCUCGGCUACAGCGGCAAGAUCAUGUCUUCGCUGUCUACCUCGCUCAAGAACUCGUACCAGAAGUGGCUCCAUCCGUACGAAGAGUAUCUGAGAGUUGUGAAACCUGGAGUGCAGCAAAUGAUAGAGCACGAAAAUGGCGGCCCUUACACUCCUUCGCCAGCGCCGUCGCCUAUGAAGAAAUCAGCGCACGGCACACCGAAUGGCAACGCCCUCGACUCGCCAGCGAUGAGGGCGACGGUCGCACUCAAUGCUUCAAUGCAUACUGAUACUGCACCGACACCACCCCCAGCAGAUCUUCCACGACCUGUUGUUUCGUCUGGCUUUACCGCUGUGAACGCAGGAGGCUUCACAGCUGUGAAUGCACAGUCCCCGCAACCCACUCCGCCAGCGGCAAGCACGCCAGCACCAGCGCCAAAUGGACUCUCCCACAUCAACGCAAUGAACGGCUAUGCUCACAGCAAUGGUGACUCUCGCACUUCGACACCCCUACGAAACGGGAGUCCAAUGCUGUCAGCGCACAAUACGCCUGAUCUGCGACCGUCAGCUGUUGGUCUGACUCCGCUUUCCAAUCCGCAAGCGUUUCCGCAUCUUAAGCGAACGCUCUCCCAGGAAACGGAGGGCGGCAUGACUGACGACGCCGACGCGGCAAAUGGCCGUCGAAGCAAACGUCUGAAGAAAGAUGCGGCGCCGACCGUGGCGGGUUCUCACAUGACCCAACCUCGCCAGUCGACACCCAGUGGUGGACGAACGUUACACCCGCGUGUUCGCGCUUCCGACGAGCGUCCUGGCGAUCGAUGUGAAACAUGUGGCACCGAGAGCGAUCCCUCCAACAUUUUACUAUGCGACAGUUGCGAUGCCGGAUAUCACGGAUACUGUCUUGACCCCCCAAUCAGAGGCAUUCCGGAAUACGACUGGCACUGUCCCAAGUGCCUGGUUGGCACCGGCGAAUUCGGAUUUGAAGAGGGCGGUACCUACUCGCUACGACAAUUUCAAGAGCGUGCGCACCUCUUCAAGCAAGCUCACUUUGCCAACAAGAUGCCUUUUGACCCUGUCACCAAUACUCCGAAGCCUGUGAGCGAAGACGACAUCGAACAGGAAUUCUGGAGACUCGUGGAAAGCAUAACCGAGACAGUCGAAGUAGAAUAUGGCGCCGAUGUGCACUCCACGACACACGGAAGUGGAUUUCCCACAAUCGAACGCAAUCCCCGGGAGCCCUAUGCAACUGAUCCUUGGAACCUGAACAUCAUGCCCUACAACUCGGAAUCGCUCUUUCGUCAUAUCAAGUCCGAUAUCUCCGGCAUGACAGUGCCAUGGUUGUACGUUGGCAUGGUCUUCUCAACCUUCUGUUGGCACAACGAAGAUCACUUCACUUACUCCGCCAACUACCAACAUUUCGGCGCAACCAAGACGUGGUAUGGAAUUCCAGCUGAGGAUACGGAGAAGUUCGAGCAAGCAAUGCGCGAUGCUGUGCCAGAACUUUUUGAGUCUCAGCCCGACCUCCUCUUCCAACUGGUCACGUUGUUGACCCCUGAUCAGCUCAAGAAGGCUGGGGUGAGGGUUUUUGCGCUAGAUCAGCGCGCUGGCGAGUUCGUCAUUACCUUCCCGCAAGCCUAUCAUGCUGGAUUCAAUCAUGGCUUCAACUUCAACGAAGCUGUCAAUUUUGCGCCUUCUGAUUGGGAGCCUUUUGGCGAGCUCGGAGUUCAGCGUCUCCAGGACUACCGUCGGCAGCCAUGUUUCUCCCACGAUGAACUUCUUCUCGCAGCAGCCUCGCGAAAAGACACGACGAUCAAGACCGCAAAAUGGUUAGCACCGGCCCUGCAACGAAUGCGCGCACACGAAACCAAGAUUAGAACAGAGUUUGCCGAGAAGCAUAAAGUUUUCCACGGACAAAAGUGCAAGAUUGAUGGGACCGGAGACGGCGACGGGACAUGCGACAUUGAGAUCGAGUUCAACGACACAGAUAUGCACGAAGAUGAACUCAUUUGCAGUUUCUGUAAGGCUUACGGUUAUCUUUCGCGGUUUUACUGCGCAAACUCUAAGAAGGUGCUAUGCUUGCGCCAUGCUGGGUGGUUCGAAUGCUGUCCCGGGAGCCUGGAAGGAGAGCGAUACCUCGGUGCUCGCGGCGAGCACUUUCUCACAUACCGUAUGACCGACGACGUUUUCGAGUCCACAAUUCAAAAGAUCGUUGAUAAGGCGGGCAUGCCGGAAGCGUGGGACGCCAAGCUCGAGGCACUUCUCGCUGAAGGCCCAAAGCCUCAGUUGAAAUCACUUCGCGCACUGCUUAACGAAGGAGAACGCAUCGAUUGGGAUUUGAGUGGUCUUGCGGACCUCAAAGAGUUCGUGGAAAAGUGCUCUGAGAUAGCAGAAGAAGCGUUGGGCUACACGACGCGAAAGCAACAAGCGCGGCGCAAGAAUGAAGGCCGUGGCCGAGGCCGAGGGAAAGCCGCAGCUGCCGAAGUUGACGAGAAAGAACGGGAGUAUCGUAAUAUCGAAAGCAUCCAGAAACUGCUCGCAACGGCGAACAACUUGGCCUUCGACAGUCCAGAGAUCACGGCACUGCGUGAACGAUUCGAUAGCAUUACAGAGUUUCAAGACAAGGCUCGUGCUGCACUUCGGGACAGACCCGCCCAGCAAAGUAUUGCGAGAUUGGACGAGCUUCUCGAGGAAGGCAAAGGUUUCAAUGUUGAUCUUCCGGAACUGGAUUCACUGGAGAAGGUGGUUGCGCAACUGAAAUGGCUGAAAACAGUCGACGACUGCAGACAAAAAGCACCGACUCUAAAAGAUAUUAGCGUGCUGAUCGAGCAGGGCAUCGAGCUCGGCAUUCCUGAGAACCACCCUGAAGUGCACUUCCUGCAAGAUAAGAAGGUCCAGGGCGAGCUCUGGGAGUCGAAAGCGAAGGAGCUCAUGUCCGUGGAGAACGUCCACUACCAGCAGCUCGAUGCUCUCUCAAAACAGGCGAACAGUAUUCCGGUCGUGCCAGAAACUCUUGCUGCUGUUGACGCAAUUUUGAAAAAGCAGCGAGAUGCACAAGAGUUGAUUCUGUCCUUGUACGAGCGAAGCAAGAAUCCAGACUUCCGCCAGCGACCGAAAUAUUUAGAAGUGAAGAAUGCUGUCGAGGCUCUGAGUGCGCUGAAUAGUAAGCCUACAGGCACGAUUGAUCUCGAGCGGGAGCAGAAGCGACACGAGGACUGGAUGCGACGCGGCAAAAAGCUUUUCGGGAAAGCCAACGCACCAUUGCACAUUCUGCACGCCCAUAUGAAGCAGGUCGACGAGCGGAACAUCUCAUGUUUCGACUUGUCUGACCAGCCUCGUAUGCCGGUUGAGCCGUCUUCGCGCGCAAACACUCCGGAAGAAGAUGAAGAAAAUGUUGAUGGGUCUGGUUCGAGCCGGGAUGUGUUCUGCAUUUGCCGGAAACCCGAGGCGGGGAUCAUGAUCGAGUGUGAUCUCUGUCAUGAGUGGUACCACAGCAAAUGUCUCAAGCUCGCCCGAGGCAAACUGAAGGAAGAAGACAAGUACACCUGCCCGAUUUGCGACUACCGGGUCAAGAUUCCUCGGGACGCUACACGACCGAAGCUCGAAGAUUUGCAGACGUGGCAGGACGAGAUACUCUCUCUCCCCUUCCAACCUGAGGAAGAAGAGACUUUGGAAUCGCUCAUCAAUCACGGCAUUCAAUUCCGAGAAUAUGUUGCUCAGUACAUCAACCCUGUCAUGUCAAGCCCAGAAGAGCUUACAACCCAACGUUUUUAUCUCAGGAAACUAGAGGGGGCGGAGAUUCUCCUGUCGGACGAAAUAAAUUUCUUCCGUCAGGAGCUGCAUAAAUGGGCUCCCGUCGCACCCCAGCCGCCUCCAAUUCUCAGUGUCUCACUCUCCACGCGGAAGCCGCGGCCUACCAAGCAGCAGAAGCUCAUGUCGCAACUUGGCAUCACCAAUCCCGAAGAUCUGCCUCCUCAUAUGCGACCCAAAACACAGCAGACCAAGCGCAAGUCACUGGACCCUACCAGACCAAGUCUCCAACCUGCCCCAGAACAAUCGCACACACCGCCCGGUGAACCUCCUGCUCCUCGCCGUAGCUUUGGCGAGAAUGACUAUUUCAACUCCAACCCAGUCACGAGCGGAUUCAAUAACUCUCCAACGUUUGCGACCAAUGCCCCCAUGAACUUCGGCUCUUCUAUCGCUCCCAUCGACCCGGGACUCUUUGAGAGCGCAGGAGGCGAGCCAACUAGCCCGAUGCAGGAUGUCUUCAAGAGCUCAGGCAACGGUCAAGAGAUGUUCGGCGAGAUGAUGGAGACAGGCGGUGGUCAGGCUGAAGAGGCGCUUGCUGUUACGGAAGGCAACAGCUAUAUGGACUAGUGGUCCAGUGACUGACCCUACCUCGCGACUACGGAUUACUUGGUUCGGCUCUAUAUAUCCAAUUCACGGCAUCAACCCUAGUCUUUAUCUACCACGAA